ACCAUGGAUAGUAUUUCGUACAUUUUAUACAUGUAGUACUUUCGUCCUGCACUCCAAUUUCUUAUAAUCGAUAUAUUUUUCUGAACUUGAACUGAACCAAAUUCAUUUACAGACUCAACAAAAAGAAAAAAAAUGGCAAGCGAAUGUUUUAACGAAGACGAACUGAUCCUGAUCCCAUACGACAGGAGUAACCUAUGGAAGAAAAAGUUGAAACCUGUCAUCGCAACCAUGAAAAUAUGGGGAUUUUAUAUGAAUGGCAAUUUAUGCCAGUCCGUUUGGUCCAAGCUGAUCUUCAUCUAUAUGCACAUUUACAUUAUUUAUAUGAUUAUUUUCACUUCGAAAUUAAUAUAUUUUAAAGAAUCUUUUUGGAUCGCAAUUAGCAACAUCAUAUACUUGAUUAUCGCCUCCAUUGUAUUGUUAUCUCACUAUAAAAUGAACCUGUUUGUGCACCGAUUGAACCAUUCGUUCUCGAAUAUAAGUAAUCAUAAUUUUCUAGAAUUUGCGGAUUAUAGAGUUAGUUUAAGAGAUAAAUUUCGCAUGAUGAUGUUUUGGCUCUUCUGUAUAUCCUGCACUUUCUAUAUCGUAUGGGAUUUCUUGAAAGGUGGGUUGAAUAAUUAUUACGAGUUUAAACUCUUUGGAUUGGACCCAAAUAUAUUCCCCAAAGUCAUAGCCUACGGUAUCGCUAUAUUCAUAGAAUUAAGUUUCGCGCUAACGUUCAAAGCGGGUGAGAAACUCAUGUGUUUCUACUUCUCUUCCAUAUGCCGUUUCGUGUCUUUCGAAUUUACUUCUCUCAAGUGUUCGGUCUCUCAAAUAUCUUCCAGCUGGAACAGAGAUCCUGGAAGACAAAAAUUACUACUCAGCAUGGACCGAUACAUGGACUUAUGCGAUGUCGUAGGGCUCAUCGAUUUAGUUAUGUCUCCCUUACUGUUUCUAUUAUCCAUGUCCUUAGCGCUGCAAAUCAUUUACGAUGGUAAUUAUAUAUGCAAAGCUGUAAAUUUCUGCAGCGAUCCCUGUUACUGUAUUCAAUAUUUUGUAGACUUUUUGAUGAUUAUUAUAGCAUUCAUCGAUGUGUUUAUGUCAAGUUCUUCCAUAACUAUGGAAGCUCAAGAAAUGAGUCCCGUUAUUUACAAAAUUGCCAGCUCUCAGGAAUGUCAUGGCAAGGAUCAUCUCAGAUCGAGAAUUGGGUUGUGGUAUUGGAAAAUUAUAACGGAUCCUCCCAAAAUUAGCGGUUUUGGAACUUUUGGCAUCAACAGAAGUUGUUUACUAAAUAUUUUAGGCGUCGUAAUUACAUUCGUUGUCAUCAUGUAUGAAUUAGCAUAGAUUUAUUUAAAUCGAAAAAAAAAUAAUUAUUAUUAAAAAUUGAAAUUGUAUAUAUUUAGGGGGUCCUUCUCUUCAUCACCUAUUAAAAUCCUGAAUAAAUUAUUACUGUUGGUUUAAAUGACAUACUUUCUUAUAUGUAAGUUUUAAGGAAAUGAUUGUUAUUAACACUACAAAUUAAUUAUAUUAAGACAUUUGUAAUAUAGUGUAUCAUUAAGUUAUGCUAAUAUUUAAAUUAUAGAAAAAUUAUUAUUCGUAUGUACCUGUAUGUACACCAUACUGUAUACCAUACUGUUUACAUAUUUUUGCUUCGAAAC